AUGCCAAGCCAAAAUGUCAGCUUGCAUGGGAAUAAUUACACAAGGCAUCCAAAAGUAGAGUGCCUGAGAAAUAUACAGAUGGAAAUUUUACUUACAGAAUAUGGUAUGCAUCUGCAACCAAUUGAUCGAGUUGUGGAUAUGGAAGCGAAAAUCCGUUGCAGAAAAGAAAUU